UUCAAUCCCAGUCCGUCUGUCUGUCUAUCUGACCGUCGACUGAGUGUCAUCCAUCCCCUCUCGGGCAUGACUGUCAUGUUCUGAAUCGAAGACCGACUGCUGUUCUCACUUUAACUGACUAUCAAACUCCCCUCCCCCUCACAACACACAGAUUGUUCGUCAUGGACUCCCCGUUUUCGAGCCCGACGAAGGCCCUGAACCCCCUAUCGCCCGAACGCAUGAAUCAACAGUUCACCCCCAACUCUUCAUUGACUUCCAACAUCCUUAACCUCCGAGGAUCACACUCGAGGGGCCUUUCCGAUGUUCAAUCCAAGGUCGCUUAUCUCAACGGUCUCUCCUCGCGAGGCAACAGUCCCGCCCACGCUCAUCAGCAACAGACGGCGAGCAACUCGGCAGCCUUGCAGCGCGCCAUCCUAGGACGCGAAGAGGCGGAGUCUGCUCUGGCGCAUGCCAACGCAGACCUUGCAGAAGCCCAGUCUCGCGAACGACGUAUCAGCGAACGCCUGGAAUCAUUGCUCGAAGAACUUCAAACCUCGAAGGAACGCCAGGCUCACGAGAGGGCGGUUUUCGAAAAGGAGAUUAGAAAAGCCAGGAAGGAGGCUUUCCGCGCUGGCUCGGUCGUUGUAAAGGCACAGGAGGACCUGAAACAUGCCCGGGCGGAGGCCAAAGCCCUCAAAGAGGAAGUGCAGGCGGAGCGCCGAGCCAAAGAGCAGGCAAAACAGGAGGCAUUCGAGCGCGCAUACGCCCUCGCCGGUCUUACAGAGGAAAUGGAGGUUCUCAAAGAGCAGCUACGCGUUGCGGAGGCCAAUAUCAAGUCGCGAAGCCUAAAAGCCCAUACCCUCAAGCUUAGCCAAGAGGGCGCCGGACGAAUGUCUUUAGCGGAAGGCGAUCUCGCCCUCCUGCUCACCCCUACGCCUCGGAGACCCAAACGAUCGGCCGAAGAUUCCGUCAACUCACCCAUGGUCCAUGCCACAAAGCCGUCGCCUGCACACCAAACUCCUCCGAAGCGACAGAGACUAUCAGACCUCACUCCCCGACAAGAAGUCCAGGAACAUACCGUGUCAGCAGCGGACCAUGACAAGGUGGAAGAACUCGAACGGAUCCUCAAGCGCGAGCGCCAGCUAAGAACAGAUGCCGAAGAUUUAAUUGAGUUCCUCAAACUCGAGUGUCAAUUUAAGCGCUGUUCAUGCCGGUUGACCGAGUCGGAGGAAAUCGACCAUGUGCAUGAAGCGGGGACAGUCGAGGCAGCCGAACAGAAGGAGCACGAACACUGUACUGAGCAACAUGGAGAUCACAUUGGCGUCCCGACAAACGACGAGGUGGAAUCGCACACGCCCGUCGGCGAGCCUGCUGAGAUUGUGGAAGAUGCUGAAGAUGACGACGAUGACCCUGCGGAGGAGCCUGUUAUCACGUUUUCGCCUGCCACGGGCACUUUCCACACAAUCCCUUCGCCUGUCCGAGGAUCUCCACGCAAGCAGCUCCCCGCGAAUGCACUACAUUCACCAUUGGCAGAAGUUGAGAGCGAAGCUGAAGCUCCAGCGAUGACAGGUAGUCCUGUCUCUAAGCAUGCUACCCACAGACAUGAGACGCCCUUUGAUUCCAUCAUGGAAAGCGAUGCCUUUAUCCCAACCUCCACUCCUGAAACUCACCGGUCCUCGGUAGUCGUGGAUGUUCCGUGGGAUCCUGUGUUGCCCGUGGUGCGCGAUGCCAGAAACUCUCAAGUGACCGAUGACCUCAGGAAAAUUCCUCUACGAGCCGAUGACGAGUCAUCGUCCAAUCGCUUCCCUGACGUCCCAGGAACUCCCAUCAGCCGGGAAGAAGCCCUGGCACAGAUUCGAGCGCGUCGAGGCAGGACGAACACGAUCAAGCGCUCCAUCAGUGCUGGGGAAAGUGCCCUGCGCUCCGGCGGGAUGGGCGUCACCCCCGUCCGAUCCGCACGGCGCAUCCCUGGUCUUCAUCACACAGAAGCCCGGAGCGAUGGCUCUGUCCGGGAUCGGCGUGAUAUAAGUGCUCCCAUCCGCAUGUCCUCCUACCACUAA